AUGGCGGGGCCGGCUGGUGCUGCUAUCGCUGGGGGAAGAUGUUGGCGUUUGGUGAGCAGAUGUCUGCACACCACAGUCAGGUUUCUGAAGAAAACUGGAACCGAGCAGCUGUGGUUGGAGCGGCACUUGAAGGAUCCCUUUGUCAAGGCGUCGAAGCAGCAGCAUUACCGUUGCAGAAGUGCCUUCAAACUACUGGAGAUCGAUGACAAGCUUCAUAUUCUUCGGCCGGGACUUUCUGUUCUCGACUGUGGAGCAGCACCUGGUGCUUGGAGCCAGGUCGCUGUACAGAGGGUCAAUGCCUUGGGUACUGAUCCUGCUGUCCCCACUGGCUUCGUCCUCGGCGUCGACCUCCUGCAGAUUGCCCCUCUGGAAGGAGCAGUUUUCCUGUCGAAGACUGACAUUGCAGACCCCAGCAUGCUGGGGACAAUCCAGAGCCUGCUUCCCGCCGGGAAGGCGGACGUUAUCCUGAGCGACAUGGCACCUAACGCCACGGGAAUCAAGGAACUGGAUCACCAGAGGGUGAUCAGUCUGUGCUUGGGCCUCCUGAACCUGUCCCAAAGCAUUCUAAAGCCAAAGGGAACGAUGCUCUGUAAGUUCUGGGAUGGAUCUGAGGCCCGUCUUCUGCAAAACAGACUGAAGGAGCAGUUCCAGGACGUGAGAACUAUAAAGCCUCAGGCCAGUCGGAAGGAGUCUGCAGAAUCUUAUUACUUGGCAAGGCUGUACAAAGGGAAAUGAAAGUUGGGAACUGCAGAUUCUCAAACACUGAUUGGAAAUCUGAAUUUUGGUAGGUGUCUGAAGAAAAAUCCCACCGUGGAGACCCUGGGAAAACCUGCCACGAUUCUCACAAAGUCCAUCAUGCUUUUCGAAUAUCUGUGGAGGAAAUGGUUGGGAUUAGAGAGGAAUAAUCUGAAAGGAAACCUCUGGGAGUGGCGUAAUGGAAACAAAUAAAAUGGUGUUAUUGUGAGUUUU